AUGAGUGAAAAGGACAUUGUGAUUUACCUCUUCUGGCACUGUCUGAGCUGCUGCAGUCGAGAAACUGCUUUCACGUAUGCCAUCAGUGCAGCCGGUGUGGUGAAUGCCGUGAGCCGUGCCUGCAGAGAGGGGGAGCUCUCCAGCUGUGGAUGUAGCCGUGCAGCUCGCCCCAAAGACCUGCCCCGAGACUGGCUGUGGGGCGGCUGCGGGGACAACCUCAACUAUGGCUAUAGGUUCUCCAAGGAAUUUGUGGAUGCACGCGAGCGAGAGAAGAGCUACCCCAAAGGCUCGUACGAGAGUGCACGGCUGUUGAUGAAUCUUCACAACAAUGAGGCAGGAAGGAGGGUAUAUUGUUCGGACCUGGCCAACGUGUCCUGUAAAUGUCACGGCGUGUCAGGCUCAUGCAGCCUUAAGACCUGCUGGCUGCAGUUGGCCGACUUCCGCAAAGUGGGCGACGCACUGAAGGAGAAGUACGACAGUGCCGCCGCCAUGAAGCUCAAUUCGCGUGGAAGAUUGGUGCAGAUGCACAGCAAGUUCAACGCACCCACGAGCCACGACCUGGUGUACAUCGAGUCCAGUCCAGACUACUGCCUGAAAAACCAGAGCACAGGCUCCCUGGGCACAGUGGGACGCCUGUGCAACAAGACGUCCGAAGGCAUGGACGGGUGCGAGCUGAUGUGCUGCGGACGUGGUUACGACCAGUACAAGGCCCAGAUAGUGGAGCGAUGCCACUGCAAGUUCCAUUGGUGCUGCUACGUAAAAUGCAAGCGCUGCACCAAAAUUGUAGACCAAUUUGUGUGCAAGUGAGAAAUGGAGCGAUAUCUUCUACGCGCUUGCAGACGAUGGGCGUUUAGUCUGUACACGUCCAUCGGAACGACAAAGAAGACAGAGAGAGAAUGGAAGAAAGAAACUAUAUAAAUUAUAUUUAUAGAGUUAAACAAUUAUGCCAUUGCAAAAUGACUGACUUUUUCAACAAAAAAAUUUCAGAAACUGAAAAUAUCAUGAAAUAUUUAUUUUGAGAUGAUCUUUUAUUCUGGCCUUUUUUUUAAAAAAAAAAAAACUAACUCAAGUGCCUAAAACUGGGUUAAAGCUUACUAUUCCACCUACAUCCUUCUUGAUUUCACUAACUGCCCAACCAUUUUUCUUUUCUUCUCAGAUGGGUCAAGUUUAUUAGGAAAUUGGAUUGCAGCUUCCCAUUUCCUAACGCCGAUAGGUGUGUUUGAUUUGCAUAAGUGGUGCGAGAAUAGUGUAGCGAUGAGUCAUAAUGGCCCUUCACAUUUUCACUGAAGUCCGCUGGUCCCCUCUCAGCACAACAGAAUUUUGUUAGCCCUUUUGAGAACAGUGGGUAAACAGCAUGGCUGCUUUAGGGAUUGGGCCCUUAAAUUAAACCUUUCCAGAAGCCUUAGCAUGCUGCAACAAGCCCUCCACCAUUAUGCACUUUGAAGCUUAAAACAGUCUCUAUGUCUGUUUUUAUCGACGGCAUGUCUUCAGUAAAUGUAUCAAUAUUAUAAAGUAUGUUUCCAUAUUAAUGCAGAUUAUCCAUUUAACAUUAUUUUACAAUACGUACACGGUUCGACUAUAUAUGGGCAAUGUUGUGGUUACAUUGGUGAAAUAUUCCAUUUUUGUGUAUAUACUAUGUCUAUCCAAACAAUCAGUAACAUGUAUUUAUUGUCUUUAACCAGAUCCUCCUGUAAGCUUCUUAAAACACUUUUUUUUUCAUAUUGAUCAAUAUUUACUCAGACAUUCCCAAGGUUUGAAGUCACUUUUUUUUAAAGUUUUGGGCUCACUAAUGCAGGUUUUCACUGUUUCUUUGUAAAGGGAAAUGCACCUUAUUAUUUCAUAAUGGUACUUUUUGGGCUCUUCUCACUUUCACAGAUGUUUAGCGAUGCCGCAAAUUUCCAGUACCAUUCACUUACCACUCACCAUCCCUGUGAUGAUUCUCCAUAGACACAGCAUAACCAUUUCAACCAGUUCCAGCAUUGUAUAUUUAUAAGCUUCAACAUGAACUUGAUGUUUGUUAAACUUGAUGCGUUAUAGCUGAUAUUUUGUUACUUUUUACAGAUUGGAUUGUUGCUCGACUUUGUUUCAAUAAAUACCAAUUGUAAAACUGG